AUGGCCCAUGUGCGGACCUUCACCCUCCCGCAUUAUGAGGCUUAUCCUGUCCAUGUAGCCCUGUUCAAGGACGUCAAGAAUCCAAGUUAUCUAAAGAGUCAGUUGCUGGAAGCCAACCCGGCAUUCGACUAUGCCUUUCUGGACGCCGCCAUGGUAGCACGCCUUGGCAUUGCCUGGUGGUCACAUGCGGCGGCUAACGACCGACCCCAGAUCCUGUCUCCAACCCACCUCCUAUCCACAACCUUCAUUACCAUCCACGCACUCUGCACGCACCGCCAAAAGACUCGCACGCCUCACUCUGAGUUGGUUUUUCGUCUGUCGCCCAACAAUAAUAUUGGCGAGUCGUACAAGAAAUUUGGCAUCAGCGACACCACGACCCACCUCAUUGCUGUCAAGCUGCCACUAAAGUCUUCAGACGCUGAGGCCAAGGAGUGGCUCGUUGAUGGUGAAAUCACAAACGAAAGCGUAAGUCAGCAUCUAGGAAGUGUAGUCGAGGGCACCAGUGUCGAAAUUAGUGAAAAGGGUGAGGAACUGGGGCAGUGGUGCGAUAUCGACAAGAUCAGAAAGGUAUACAAGCUCGGUGAUGGAUCGGCUAAGAAGGGCAAGAAGGGGGCGGCUGUGAAUGGCGAUGGCGCAGAAAAAGAGGGCGAGAAGAAGCAGAUGGAGGUGGUGAUAUUGGGGACGAUCGCCCUGAAAGGCUCGUGA